AUGUGGUCAUCUCAUCCAUUGCACGGCGUCAAAGUCGUUGAGCUAGCUGGACUCGCACCUGGCCCCUUUGCCGGCCUCCUCCUUGCCGACUACGGUGCUUCCGUGCUUCGAAUUGACCGCGCAGCCAACAAGACACUUCCUCCUACUGGCGACUCCCUUACACGCCACAAAUCUUCGAUAUGCAUGGAUCUAAAGGACGCACGGUCUCGGGAACUGCUACUCUCCAUACUACUGCAAGCCGAUGUCUUGAUCGACCCUUUCCGGCCAGGUGUGCUCGAACGACUCGGUCUGUCACCUACUGAUGUUCUCCUCAAGCACAAUCCACGCCUCAUCGUUGCUCGCAUGACUGGUUUUCGACGCGAUGGAAAGUACAAGGAUAUGGCCGGACAUGAUAUCAACUACAUCGCCGUAUCUGGCGUACUUUCCAUGCUGGGACGUACUGGCGAGACUCCAUUUGCGCCUGGAAACAUAUUAGGAGAUUUCGCUGGUGGUGGCGCCAUGUGUUUUGUUGGUAUUUUAUUGGCACUCAUAUCCCGAUCAGCUACGGGCAAAGGGCAGGUGGUUGAGGCGAACAUGGUAGAUGGAGCGGCAUAUUUGGCGACCAUGCCCAGAUUAGCAAGAAAGACCCCCGUAUGGAGUGAACCUAGGGGCACGAAUUUGUUGGAUGGUGGCUGUCCGUAUUACGACACAUACGAAACGAAGGACAAAGGAAAAUACUUUGCUGUUGGAGCACUGGAGCCACAAUUCUAUGCAGCGCUUUUGAAAGGAUUGGGUUUUAGUAGAAAGGAUGUUCCUGCAAGAGAAGACCGGGACAAUUGGCCAGCCCUUAGAGAGAUAUUCACAAAGAGAUUCAGGGAAAAGACCCGCGCAGAAUGGGAAGAAAUCUUUGAUGGCACCGACGCCUGUGCGACUCCUGUAUUGGAGCAGGAUGAAUUGGAAGCGAAGGGCUUUGAUCAGAGGCUUCCUGUUACAUUGGUGAGCACACCCGGCAAGUCUUUCAAGGCAGACGAAGCAGGCUGGGAGGGCGGUGGACUGCUUGCUGGUGAUGGCGGUGAGACACGGUUGAAGGAAUGGUUUGGUUGGACCAAGGGGAAGGAGUACCAGGAGAACAAUGGGAUACUGGUUUCAGCCAAGGGCGUGUCCAAGCUGUGA